ACUGGGCCAGCUAGCUCCGAGCCCGAGGCUGAGGACGCUGGCCUGCAGUCUCCGCCCGCUGCACGCCCCCGCGGGCGGCUCAGAGUGGGAGCAGCGUGCUGCUCAGAAGGUCUUAGCUGGUGCGGGGUUCCAGGAGCCGCCUGGGAGCGCGGCGCCCACCUAGAAGGGCGGGAGCCCAGCUGGUGCCCGCCUGCCCCAGAGCGGAAGGAAUGUGACCCCCGAGCGAGCGCGGAGCAGCCCUUGAGCGGCUCCCAGGGCUCCGGUUGCUCCCGGCCUGAACGGGUUUAGUUCGGAGCUGCUGGAUUGUUGAACAUCGCCACUGGGGCACCCGGGCACGCCCAGAGAUCUCGGAGGCGACCUUCCUUCCCGUUUAGCGACACACUCACCUUUGUGUCAAUAUAAAAACAACUCCUUGGCUGGAUCUCUUUGGGGAAGACUGAUGAACACAGUGGGAGAGACUCAAGUUCCUGCGUGUCUGUAGAUUUCCUUGGAAAUGCGCCCACUCUGGUUUCACAAGCACAGGUUCCUGUAGACACGUCCCUUAAAGAUGCUCACUUCCUCACGAGCAGCAGGACCAUUCCUAUAAGAAGCAGCCAGAAUUCUUCAAGGCCUCCAGUGGAAGGUGUAGCUCAGAUUAAAUGCCUGGAUCUGGAAUUUGCUUGUCCAAGGCUGACCCUGAGCACAGAGAUCUCCUUGCCUCCGUCUCCCGGGAUUAAAGGCCUGUACUACCUUGCCUGGACCUAAGCUUUUCAUAGCUACUGUGCUUCAAAAUCCAGGUCAGAAACUUGUGUCUUCCAGCCUGGAGAUCUGGAUCUCAGGAGAAUAUGAAAGUGCUACUGGGGCUCAUUUGUCUCAUGGUGCCUCUGCUGUCGCUGGAGAUUGACGUAUGUACAGAAUAUCCAAAUCAGAUCGUUUUGUUUUUAUCUGUAAAUGAAAUUGAUAUUCGCAAGUGUCCUCUUACUCCAAAUAAAAUGCACGGCGACACCAUAAUUUGGUACAAGAAUGACAGCAAGACCCCCAUAUCAGCGGACCGGGACUCCAGGAUUCAUCAGCAGAAUGAACAUCUUUGGUUUGUACCUGCCAAGGUGGAGGACUCAGGAUAUUACUAUUGUAUAGUAAGAAACUCAACUUACUGCCUCAAAACUAAAGUAACCGUAACUGUGUUAGAGAAUGACCCUGGCUUGUGUUACAGCACACAGGCCACCUUCCCACAGCGGCUCCACAUUGCCGGGGAUGGAAGUCUUGUGUGCCCUUAUGUGAGUUAUUUUAAAGAUGAAAAUAAUGAGUUACCCGAGGUCCAGUGGUAUAAGAACUGUAAACCUCUGCUUCUUGACAACGUGAGCUUCUUCGGAGUAAAAGAUAAACUGUUGGUGAGGAAUGUGGCUGAAGAGCACAGAGGGGACUAUAUAUGCCGUAUGUCCUAUACGUUCCGGGGGAAGCAAUAUCCGGUCACACGAGUAAUACAAUUUAUCACAAUAGAUGAAAACAAGAGGGACAGACCUGUUAUCCUGAGCCCUCGGAAUGAGACGAUCGAAGCUGACCCAGGAUCAAUGAUACAACUGAUCUGCAACGUCACGGGCCAGUUCUCAGACCUUGUCUACUGGAAGUGGAAUGGAUCAGAAAUUGAAUGGAAUGAUCCAUUUCUAGCUGAAGACUAUCAAUUUGUGGAACAUCCUUCAACCAAAAGAAAAUACACACUCAUUACAACACUUAACAUUUCAGAAGUUAAAAGCCAGUUUUAUCGCUAUCCGUUUAUCUGUGUUGUUAAGAACACAAAUAUUUUUGAGUCGGCGCAUGUGCAGUUAAUAUACCCAGUCCCUGACUUCAAGAAUUACCUCAUCGGGGGCUUUAUCAUCCUCACGGCUACAAUUGUAUGCUGUGUGUGCAUCUAUAAAGUCUUCAAGGUUGACAUAGUGCUUUGGUACAGGGACUCCUGCUCUGGUUUUCUUCCUUCAAAAGCUUCAGAUGGAAAGACAUACGAUGCCUAUAUUCUUUAUCCCAAGACCCUGGGAGAGGGGUCCUUCUCAGACUUAGAUACUUUUGUUUUUAAACUGUUGCCUGAGGUCUUGGAGGGACAGUUUGGAUACAAGCUGUUCAUUUAUGGAAGGGAUGACUAUGUUGGAGAAGAUACCAUCGAGGUUACUAAUGAAAAUGUAAAGAAAAGCAGGAGGCUGAUUAUCAUUCUAGUGAGAGAUAUGGGAGGCUUCAGCUGGCUGGGCCAGUCAUCUGAAGAGCAAAUAGCCAUAUACAAUGCUCUCAUCCAGGAAGGAAUUAAAAUCGUCCUGCUUGAGUUGGAGAAAAUCCAAGACUAUGAGAAAAUGCCAGAUUCUAUUCAGUUCAUUAAGCAGAAACACGGAGUCAUUUGCUGGUCAGGAGACUUUCAAGAAAGACCACAGUCUGCAAAGACCAGGUUCUGGAAAAACUUAAGAUACCAGAUGCCAGCCCAACGGAGAUCACCAUUGUCUAAACACCGCUUACUAACCCUGGAUCCUGUGCGGGACACUAAGGAGAAACUGCCGGCAGCAACACACUUACCACUCGGCUAGCAUGGCAAAAGUGGGCAGGCCAAGAACUUCGGAAUAUCUCCCAUCAUAAGAGGCUGCAGCUGGGCUGUGCCUCCCAGUAAAACAGUCACGAACCAAACCUGUGCAGUCCCUUGUUCCAGAUCACCUGGAACUGGAUUGGGAAGAGAACAGGACUUGGUGGCCAGGACCGCUCAGAGAGCCAUGGUUGCUCAGGGAUGCUGCUCCGGGAUGCUUGACUAACAGUCGAGGCAGUGAACUGGGUGUAGAAAGCGUCAGGAAAUGGCCACAUGUGUGGAUGGUUUAAUUAGAUUCUGUGGAGUCUCACAGUGGGAUUGUGGUUGUCUGAGGACACUUUGGGGGGUCGCUGUCCAAGAAGUGGCUCCCCAAAGUAUAAGUGCGGGUGAGGUUUACUGAUACCCCACAGUGGAAGGCAUUUCUUCCAGAUAUUUUCCAGAUACCUUGGCCGCCAAACUUCGUUUUCAAACACUGUGUUUUAUUGUGUAGACCUUGAAAACCACGGUUUCAGUGAAGAAGGAUUCUGUAGGGUUCACUCUUCUGCAGUCACUUUAGCUUUCUGCAGAAGUCUAGAUUUUAAAUUAACUGUAGAAGGAAGUCAGACACCCACAGGUUUCUUCUAAUCAAGCUUCCACCCUGCAAUGGCUGUCGUGCCAUCUUCCUUCUGUGUUUUACUCGGCUCAUUGCUUCUCUGGAGACAAAUGCAAUGCUUCCUACCCCCGUCCUGUCACAGGCAGUCUGAGGACUCACCUUCACACGUGAGACUUCGCUCUUACCCCAGCCCCCACCGCUGGAGGGGUUUCAAUCCCCCACCCUGGGGCUCUUCUGCGCAGAAGCUGAAGUCUACGCUCCUCCCAAUCUUUGGUCCCAGUGCCGCUGUUCGCCUUCCUGCUGGUUGAUUGCAGAACCACCUCUGAGACCUCUGUACCUGCUCUUGGAAUGUCUCUGUCUUUGCCCUGCCGCCCACUUCCCGUGCCUAUGAUUUGCUCUAGCAUUUCUGCCACCUGACAAGGAGAGGAGCUUGCUAAAGUUUAAAGUUUAUUUCAACGCUAAGAUCCCAACCUUCCGAUCUCUGCCUACUCUCAGACUUGGCCAGCCCUCUUGCCUGUCAUCCCAACCCUGCUGCUUCUCUGUAAAAGGUUGUUUCUUUACUAGCAGAAAUCAGUCUGCAGGGAGGGGUAGUGCGUGUAUCUCACUGUUUUCCGUAUUGGGAACAGAUGGUAUAGAUUUGCCAAGGCCUUUAUUUUAAAGUGUUCUUGGAAAAUCGUAUUUAAAUUUGCAAUUAUUCUAAUUUGAUAUAGAGAGAAACUGACCUAUUUAACAAAUGGACUCUCUUAAUUCUACUGGACCCAGGCCUUGAACUUUCUGGUUUCUGUCUCUGUGCUCUGACUUUUUGAUUUCAGGUCUAGCCCUGUGCACUUACCUCAGUACUCAGUACUUACUCAGUACUAACUCAGUACUCGUGGGAGGACACCCGACCCGGGUGUUCUUUGAGAAGCAGCUGAGUGAGGCAUGUUUUGACAGGAGGAACCCAGUUCUUUUCACUGUUGGUAUUUAUAGCACCUACCUUCAGAUUUUUCAGUAUGAUGUUUCUAUUUUCCAAUACUGGUUCCCUAACGGUCAACAUUUCUUCUCCCAACUAAAAAUGUAAGAAGAAAAAAAAAUUUUUUUCUUUUUCUCUUUUUUUUUUUUUUUGUGGUACAGAAGUUUUUUGUUUGGUUAUUUGUUUGUUUGAUUUUAACUAGAUGACUGUCUUCAGAAUAAUCCUCACAGUUCUGGAAGAUUGAAAAACCAAGUUCACAUGACAAGAACAAACCCGGUUUUAAGGGUUGAAUGUAGGGGGAUACCAUUCUGUCUUUUAGACUUUCAACAUCUGCUAUGGUGGAGCACAAAUGUUAUUUAAAAGCAUCUUCUCACCUACAUAGAAGUAAACAAAACACACAAUUUGGGAUUUUGACUCUUCAGUUUUGACCUCACUUCUCCUGGAUCCAACCUGACAGGAGAUGACUGGAUUGCUGGGGUAGAGAAGGAAAGGCUGUCCCCGACAGCAGCCAGAAGUCUGUGGGAGUGAGGUCAUUCCUGACCCGUGAUGCUUUCAAGGCUUGGUUUUUCUGAUAAUUAUUUUUGCCUGUCAUCCCAAAAACGUAUUGACAUGCGUGUAUAUUACCUGUGAGUGAGAGUUCUUAGAAACUUGGCCAGAGAGGAUAAAGGGGAGAGCAGUGACAGAGAACCGCCGAUCUUGUGACACCGGAGUCUGAGGUGGAACAGAGCCAGUGUCAGGAAAGCCCCUCAGCAAGAAAGAAGAGUCAUUGCUGGUUCCCAGGGGCAGUCACAGAGGAUGAAAUACCACAUCAAGGCAGUGGGAACUUCCUGCGACUUCUCCUGGUCCUCCCCAGAAGUAUCUGGUGUCAGCUGAAGACCAUGUGUCCCCCAAUACUUAGAUUUCACCGUACUUUCUGAUGGUGUUUUUAAAAGGCCAAGUGUUGCAAAAGUUUGCACGUGCAACCGUAUAUUAAUCGCCAGUGUUUAAAACUGGUUUAUCAGAAUUUAUAUUUUUGUCUCUCCUGCCUUUUGAAUUUUACUUAUGACAGAGAAAGUAUUGAGCCAUGACUUUUUAAAAAUAAUUUAUAUUUAUACUGGUCAAUAAUGAAGGUUUUUUUUUAUUAUUAAAGAACUUGAUUUUAUAAUUCUGCAGCAGAUGCCAAAUGUUAUCUAUCACAAACCACAAAAUUUAUGUACAGUGCAUAUUAUUGAUCAAUAAACUAAACUUGUUUUCCAAUAAAUUGUUAAAGCCUCUUUUGAGUAUCGCUGAAA